UCGGGUACCAAAUAUUACGUUUGAAAAUGAAUGUAUCCACUCAGUUGUUGAUUAUGCAAUGAGAAUUAUUUUUAUAUUUUUUUCUUCAGUAAUAUAGGAUAAUAUUACAUUAUUUCGUUGGCUGUCUUGCAGUGCUGUCAAAGUAAGAAACGUUAACAUUUGCAGAUGCUAACGUACUUUGCUACCUAACUAACGUUAGUAACCAUAGACCUCCUCAAAUGCAGCUUGUCAGCAAUCUACGUUUAGAGAGAAGUGCAGCUCUAUCGUUUUUUAAACAAAAAGAUAUUUAGAUAUGUCUCGUCGUGCUAUGGUCUUUGAGUCAAUAGAUGUUACUCAGCAUCCUAUCGUGCAUCACUGAUACAUUAUUUCAUUAAGUUACAUAACUAGCUAGGUGCCAAGAUGACUAAGGCUCCGAAAAAGAAAUGCUUGGAGAAAUGUUUUGUUUGCACGCACAGCUACAAAGCAGAGGAGAUAGACGAACACAUGAAUGGUAUUACCCAUCACUUUGUGCUGGAGCAGCUGUAUAAAAAGAGCCGGCCCCACCAUUGCCUAGUUUGUGGAUGUGUCUGGAAUGGCCUAACGCUCUACCGGCAGCAUGUUGCCUCUGCUGAGCACAAGAAAAAAAUAGUAGAAUUGGCGAAAACACGUCGCAAAGGCACACAGGUGUCGUUUAUGUACACAACCCCACCGGACCUGAUUUAUCUGUGCAUGGAACGUGACCGACUGAACAGCGCGAACAAAGCCAAGAGAAGACAAGAGAGGCUUAAGGCCCGGAAAGCCAAACAGCAGGAAAAGGUCUGGGCCAGUAAGCAAGCACAGCUUGUGACUACGCAUCAGCAUCACCAACAGAACAAGGAGAACAAGAACAGCACGAGUCUGAGCCUAGACAAUGAACCUCGUGGGCGUACUCCGUCACCUGAAUCCCCCAGGAGCUCCUUAAACGAGGACUGGGAUAGGCCCACACUGCAUCAGGAGGUCUCCAGCUCACAAGUAGAUGAAGCCAGGACCAGUCGUGCUGGGUCUGUGUGUUCAGAACCACACAGCAGUCACGAUGCAGGAUCCAAAGAGCAAGGAAGUUCUGCCCAAAGUGUUGGGAGUGGUAACCAGCAGUCUGCAAGCCAGUUCUUCUCGGAGAUAGACUUUAGUCUGGAUUUCACCAGUGAUCUGCUUCCUCCAGUGGGGGUCCUGCUCUUUGCUCCACCCCCAGCGGUCAAAGCAAAGCCGCCCAAGGGCAAGGCCAAAGCCAAGUUAAGCAACCAUACCAGUACACUUUCCACAGGAAGUGACUGCAGGCAAAAUGCCUCACUGCAGGGAAAAAGAUCCCGACACAUGCCUGCCUCGAGAAAGAGGCCUCUGAGUCAAAGUGAAGGACCACCCGGCCUGUCGGCUGAUCAAAAUCGUCAGGAGGACCAACCCCGGGCACCGGGAUUGGUCAAAGCUCAUGUGCAGCACAUCUCCACCAUACUGCGGCGAAUCAGGAAGUCUCUGGAUGAGGAGGGUCUGGCCAAUCCGCAGCCCCCCAGCACUCUUACCACAGGAGAUGGUGUGGAAGGGAAUAACAGGAGCGAGCUUACUGAUUUCAGAAAGCAAACAUCAGAUCAAUGCAGUAAGGACACAGGACCAAAUGAGCAUUUGUAUAAGAAACUGAAAACCAUGCACUACGUAAAUGGACAUAGUCAUGAGGAAGGGACCAGUGUUGGUCCAUCUAUUGGUUCACCUUCAUCAUCUGUUACAAUGGAGCCAGCAUCAGGAUGUGGCAUUUUGCAAUCCUUGAUUAAAUUCGACCACGAGGACGAAUAUACCAGAGAGGCUCUCCAGUCCAGGCAGUCGCUUAAAAGCAGCACCGGUACUUCUGACCACCCUCCUCCCUCCCAGAGCAGACCUGGUCUCCCUGAGUUGCUCAAACGCGACCUGAGCCGUUUCAGCGCCAAGGGUGGAGCCCACGAGCCCAAUCUGACCGCGGCCCGGCGGGUCCGAACCGUCAGCAGCUCUCAGACAGGCGAGGCGGAGAAGGAGGCGCCGGCAGGGCCGGGUCUGAAGCCCACGCUGGAGAAGCUGAUCAACUCCACAGCGUCCAAGAGGAAAGUUAACUGGAAGGAGCUGUACCAGGAGUACCACAGGAAGAAGAGGCUGAGGGAGAAGGGCAUGCCCAGGUUUGGUAUUGAGCUGGUGAGUCCGGUGAUGCCUCUCCCAGACCACCUUCAUCUGGAGGAGGUCCAAGAACUGCCACUGGGAGAGGAUUUCCAGUGGGACACUGUAGACUUUGAUGCCAGCUGCCUCCCAGUGUCCUGUGAGGAUCCACCGCCUGAGGACCCCUACCCAGAAGCGCCAGGGCCCUCUGCAGGCCAGGGGAACCGAGAUGCUGGGCUGCAGAGACUUGUGGAGGCCUUUGUGAAGAUGGAGGAAGAUAAUUGGGGCCGGCGGGACAGCCAGGAUUAUCCACCACCUGCUGAACAAACAUGCCAGGGAAUAGAGGACCCACCUAGACCAGACCAAGCAAAACCCAGAAAAGAGAGGCAAGUUGAUGAGCUGCUGGCAGUGUCUUUGAGUGAGGAUGAGCUGAGCAGCUCCUUGUUGACGCUGGAUGACAGUCUGACCCAGGCUCGCAGUGCCCUACAGGCUGCCUACGUGAACGUGCAGCGCCUCCUAGUGGUCAGGGAGCAGACUACGAACGACAUCAACGCACUGAGGACCAAACGCAUCGAGAUCCUGAGGGUCAUGCGAGGUGGUUGCAGCUCAGAUAAUGCAGAAAAACAGACACCCAAGCCCAGCUCAGAGGGAUGCACCCAGCCUCAGAUCUCAGAUCAGCCUGCCCUUGUUGCCCUUGUUGCUCCUGCCGAGCCUCCCGAUGACCUUCCAAAUAGCGUUCCACACCCUGCCCCAUCCUCAGUGGGGUUAUCUGCACAGCCAUCUGAACCUAUCAAAGAGGAACAAGUCAGCCCUGCCUGCUGCCAGGACCCAGAGACUCUCUCUGUAUCACACUGAUGCAUGUUUGACAGAGUGAUGUGUCCCUCGCCCUUCAUCCAUAUGUUUUUGCCUGUUUGGCUGUUUCCAUUAAAUGCGAUUCAGACUUUGUGACUUGAAGAGGACUAGAGUGGCAUGACUUUCAUAGGACUUCUCUUUAUGUGAGUAUAAGUUCAGUAUUUGUUUGAAUGUUCUUCUGGAUGAAAAUACCCCUUGUUAGCACUAGGGGGCACCCUUGACCUCACAGCCACAGUCCAGAGUGUCCAGAGUGUCCAGUCUCCUUGGCUGGGAAAUGGGGGUUGGCAUCAUCAGACCGGAGUAACACUGGCAUUUUCACUGCACUGGCACCGGCACCGGCACUGAUCUACAAUAAGCUAUGAGGAACUGGGGUUGGGGAAAAUAAGUUCCAUGUAUAAAAGAUUUUUGUGUUCAGCUGAAGAGUUUUUGUUUAAAAGAGCUGUUUUAUAUUGUGGAAAGUAUGCACUGUUCUGAAUCAAGAGGGAACGAGAAUGACCCUUGUUAUGUUCAAGAGGUUUUUUUAAAUAAAUUAUAUAUAAUUUAAUGUG